UUGCGUGACUUCCGGUCUUCCCAAACAGCAUGGCGAACCUGGAGCACGCAGAAGACGACCCAAAACAUGUGAAAAUGUCUGGUGAAAUAUCAGCCGCCAGUGCUGAAGGCCCGCCGACCGGAGAGUCCUCUGCAGCGGGCAGAGCUGCGGGCGCGCUCCCGAGCUCCAUCCCGUCGUUCGCAGCCGCCUCCGAGCUGCUGUCAGCGCCGUACUCGUGUCUGGUCAUGAACACGCACCGGAGACACGUCGCCCUGCCGCCCAUGUACCUGAACAAGAAGAGGACAGGCAUCCAGGAGGAGCUGGAGGCUGAGCUGCUCCGGUUCUCCCAGAGGCUUAAAGGAGUACUGCUGGCUUAUGAAAACAUCAGGAUUGUGGGCCAACAUGGAGGCAUCUAUGACGACAGCGGCUACAUCCACAUAGACAUAGAGGCCAACUUUAUCAUCUUUCAGCCCCAAAGAGGACAGAAACUGUUGGGUAAAGUGAAUAAACUGGGUGUAAGCCACGUGGGCUGCCUUGUGCACGGCUGCUUCAACGCCAGCAUCCCCAAACCCAACCUGGUUGCUGUGGAAACGUGGCGGGACGCAGGGCCGAGAAUCGGAGCAGAUCUGGAGUUCGAGGUGACGGCGCUAGACGCUGACACCGUGGGGGUGCUGCUGAUCAGAGGGAGGAUGGACAGAACCAGUGUGCAGGAGCUGCUGGCUAUGGAUGAGAGCUCAGAGGCCUGCGACCCUGCAGACCCGUCCGAACCACCAGAGACUGAACCGGACCCACAACCCACAGAGGAGUCUCCUGAAGACACCCCCAAGAAGAAGAAGAAAAAGAAGAAAGACAAAAUCAAAGAGGAGGAGAGGGAAGAGGAGGUGACGGAUACACCUGCCUCCUGCCAGCUGGAUGGCAACACAGAGCUGAACGGAACAGUGAUUGAAGAAAACGGCAACGAGUCCGGAGAAAAAAAGAAGAAGAAAAAGAAAAAGGACAAACACAGGAAAGAAGAAGAAGAAGAGGAGGAGGAGGUUGUGCUAGCUUCUACAGAGAUCCACGGCAGUGACUCCAGUGGUUACCAUAGUGACAAGCCAGGCAAAAAAAGGAGACAUGAAACAUGUACAGAUGUUAGCGAAGAUCCUGAACCACCAAAAUCCAAGAAAAAGAGGAAAAGUGACAUCAAGCAGUUUGCCUAAAAAAUGAAUCAACCAGUAUUCUGUCUGAAAAUCAGGUGCAUUGUGUGUAAUUAUUGAGGUGCCGCAACAUUAAUAAUAGCAUGAGGAAUAUUCAGACCUGCCUUAACAAUUAAACACGAUUUUUAGAAAGCAAGAUUUCUUAUGUGUUCUUCAGAGCUCCUCUAAAUCGACUGAACAGUGGGUGAGACUUGCAGAAGGAGCUUGUGGAAAAACAAAAAUCACUCCUGAUUGGAUGUAACUCCCUCACACAGCCUGCUGGGGGAGCAAAACUGCUUCAUACAUCACACUGGGACACAAAACAAAGUGAGUGAAGCCAUUCAUCUGUCAAACAUGGUGCAGAAAGUAUAUAGGCCAGGCUUUUGCUUUAAAUUAAUCAAAUCCAAAUGGGGAAAACAAUAAAUUUAUAUUGAUGCUCUGUACCUAUUUUUGGUGCAUUUUCUCCUGCUUGGAUACUGAAGAUAAAGAGACAACUGAGCCGGCUGAGCUCCGUUAGAGAAACGUCUCUUUUCUCUCGCCUCGUGCCUUUUUGAAAAAACUCCCAAAUAUUCACACAAUAUCGCAGAAAUGCGUCAUCUGUGCUGCUUUACUGUAUUCCAUUGACUGUUUUCAUAUGAAGUCUCAAUGUUUUUUAAAUGAAAACAGAAAUUCAACCCAUUAAAGAGCUCUAUAUUUUGAAAUGUUUACCAUGCUGCCAUUUUUUGGAAUACAGAAUCAUUUUAAAUGCAGAUAAUUUUUUAGCAUGUUUUCAAAAUAAAACAAAAUAAAAAAAUUUGGAGACAAGGGGGUCUGGGAAAGUCUCCAGUUUAGAAAUCUUGGCUUUGAUUGUGAGAAAAAUGCAUGCCUAUGAUGAUUAAUAACAGAGAUUUCUUGUUUUUCAUGGUAAAUUCCCUCCCACAACAAACUCUUUUAUGCUGGCCAGUGGGUGUUAAGUGAUAAAGUGCUGAGAGACAGCCUAAAGAUCUUUUUCUGUUUUCUUUGCCUGCACACCCCCACAGACACACACAGAUCCUGCUGCCUUUCAGCGGGGAGUCUCAUUAGCUGUGAGGUGCUAAGAGCUGGAGAGCUUAUCGGGAGCUGCCUAAAGAGGACAGAUAAGGAGCUGCA